AUGGUAUUGUUAUUUGGUAACCCCCGUAUUGUUUCGGGGGAAUUCGUGACGCCAGACACCUGGACUUUAAAAAAUUACCCUAAAUUGUACGAAACCCAAGUAAUGGAAAGUAUAAAAAGUCAACGGUUUGCUCCAAGCGGUUAUGAGCUUUGGGGAGAAAAAGACGUGGUAACUUCGGUCCAGAAAGGAAGUUCGGUGUGCUUUUCCCAAAAUUUGCCAAAAGUACAAAAACACGAAGAAACAUUUGGUAUGGGGCUUAAAAACAAAGAGGGAAAUACUCGAAAAGAAAAAGAUACUAGCAACAGUUCUCUGUUUAAAAAGCCAGUUGCAAUACCCCAAAAUAACGGAGGAGAUACUUUUAUAAAAGUUACUAUAAAGAAGAGAAAGGAGGAUUCUCGUGAGUUCCACUUCCCUAAAAAUACAAAAUUUUCCAAAUCCCCAUCAAUGCAACUAGAAAAACCCUUCAGCCAAAUGAGUUAUCAAGAAUUUAGGCGUUGGCUAACAGAAGUUAAACUCCAAGAAAAACAGAGGCUUUUGGGGAGAAAUUUACAGAACGGUUUGGUUACACCCAGUAGAGUAUCCAGAGAUAAAAAUCACCGACCAGUUCGAGGCUCGCCCAAUAAGGCAACAUCACCAAAUCAAAAAAGCAUCUUAGAAUGCAAGAACCGAGAAUCUAUUUCCAACGAGGUACAAAAAUCAUUCAGAGAAAUGUCCUAUGAAGAAUUCAGCAUAUGGCUGAAUAAGACAGCAAAGAUCUAUAGAAGAACCAGGGAAAAACCCGCAACACAAUCAAAGGAUGAAAAGAAGCAAACCGUAUUCCACGAGCAAGGUAGUAUUGUCGAGAGCAAGAUUCAAGAAGAUGUUAAGCCGGAAACAGGAGUACUUUGUCAAGAAAGGUCUAUAGGCGAAAAUAAAAGUAUCAAACAACAGCCGAAUACGGCUCAUGAUUACUUCCGUAGAAGACUGCGUUCAGAGAAAGAAGAUGUAGUUAACAGUUCUUCCGUAAAUGCUGAAAAGUCAACUGGCCGUCCCGAAAAAGACAUCCAUUUUGAUGCCAAGCCCACCCCAAUAAAUGACCACAACAAUAUCGAAAAGUUCAAGGACUCCAAAAAAAAAGGCCAAGGUAUUAGUGAGCACUUUAAUAUAAAUGAAACAGGACCGUCCAAUACGCACAGGAAGGUGUCGUCGCAAAAAUGGGACGGAAAACAAACCAAAAGGAACUUUGCUUGUAUUAAAAAGGAAGAAGAAGAACAGAGAAGCAAUAAGGUGACGGUAAGUGCAUCAUUUGAAAAAUGGUUGAGAGAAUCUGCCUCACCAAUAGAAGAGCACACAGCAUCUUCAAAAAAAGUUCUCUUCGCAAAUGAAGAUGAUGUAAAGUUAUUUGAUCGCAAUGGGGUCAUUACCAAAGAGUUCUCAAAUUGGACCAAUCCUCCGAUCGAGGAGCCAAGCGUGAAAUCUAUCUUGAAAAGUUGCAGCAAAUACGGGCCCCAACCCGUUAUCAAAUCAGUAUGUUAUAAACCAAACUUUACUCCGACCGAUGAAGAUAUUGACGGCUCCCUUAUAUCGACUCCGACGCCAUCGCCAUCGCCAUCGCCAGAACCUGAAUUGACAGAAUUGAAACAGGUGGUUACCGCGCCACCACUCUACCCAAGAAAUUCUCCCUUCAACUAUGAGGCAGAUGGUACAGAUUUUGAGAAGUUUGGGUCGUAUCAAGUCAGGGAUUCAGUUAUCCAGCCAUUUGACGAAGUUUUGGAACCAUCGUGGGGGUCCCUCAUUGAGCUGCCGCUGUCAGAAUCGCGUUUCAAAGUGCGGUACCAGUUAGUUUGUGUCACCAAUGAGAAGAUACGGUAUGAAUUCCCCAAAGUGGUACGCCAAGUGGAGAUACUUGAUGAGGCAGCGACUGCCCUCCUGCUGAACCACCUGAAAAACACUUCAAUCUUGAGCGAAGCUGAACUGACAAUGCUGAAAACGUUGGGGAGGGAAGCUUAUCGUGGGGUACGCAAAAUGAACCGCCUAGUAAAGGCGUAUAAAUCGCAGGUUAAAAUAAUGUCGACGCUGUUGAAGAAAGUCUACAACGCUCCACGUAGCGGGUUCUGGAAGGAUAGACUGCGUUCCUUGACCAAAAGGGCCACGAACGCCAUUGAAGAAACCUUUUUCAUUCAGGCAGACCUUGAGGAGGCAAUGCAGAUGGUCGAGGGGAUCUGCGCGUCAAGAACAGAAUUGUUAGAGAGAGCACAUCGACGUUAG